GUUGCAGAGUCAGCGACCUGGUCACUUUGCAGACUAGCUGAGUCCAUUUUCUUUCUGUACCGUCUCAGGAGCAGUCUCGGAAAUCCGGGGGCGGGGGGGGAGUUUAUGUUUUGAGUAAUUCUUCAGUUGGACCUAUAAGUCACUCCCGGAGAUAAUGUCUGGUUUCAAGAUGCAGUUAUUCAGUAGUGACAGCAGCAAUGUGCCGUAUUCUCGUCUCAGCUGGCCAAGCGAUGAGUUUCUGUCGGCUGACCUUUCAAGGAUCCAGUAUCUUAUCCGGUUCCUUGAGUUUAUUCAUUACUUAGGAAGCAUUUACAAGAUGAUGAAGAAAAAACUGAGAGCUGAAAAGACAGAAGUAUUAACUGAAGAUCUGCUUCAGGUGGAGAAACGACUGGAGCUGGUAAAACAAGUGUCCCACAGCACCCACAAAAAACUAACAGCAUGUCUACAGGGACAACAAGGUGUGGACGCCGACAAACGAUCCAAAAAGCUACCAUUAACAACAUUAGCCCAGUGUUUAGUGGAAGGCUCUGCCAUCCUGGGUGAAGAUACUUUGCUUGGGAAGAUGCUGAAGAUGUGCGGUGACACCGAAGACAGGCUAGCCCAGGAACUCAUCCUCUUUGAGCUACAGAUAGAACGAGAUGUGAUAGAGCCACUCUUUGUGUUAGCUGAGGUGGACAUUCCUAAUAUUCAAAAACAGAGAAAACAUUUAGCAAAGCUUGUAUUGGACAUGGAUUCAGCUCGAACACGAUGGCAGCAGUCUUCAAAGUCAUCAGGACUGACAAGCAAUCUGCAGUCGUCUGGCGCCAAGGCUGAUGCACUCAGGGAAGAAAUGGAGGAAGCAGCGAAUCGAGUGGAGAUCUGCAGGGAUCAACUGGCAGCGGACAUGUACAGUUUUGUGGCCAAAGAAAUAGACUAUGCAAAUUAUUUUCAGACAUUAAUAGAAGUGCAAGCAGAAUAUCACAGAAAGUCAUUAGUGCUUUUACAGAACAUAUUGCCUCAAAUUAAAGCACAACAAGAGGCUUGGAUAGAAAAACCUUCUUUUGGUAAACCGCUGGGAGAACACCUUACAAUAAGUGGAAGGGAAAUUGCGUUUCCUAUUGAGGCCUGUGUGACAAUGUUGCUGGAGUGCGGCAUGCAGGAAGAGGGUCUCUUCAGAGUAGCUGCUUCUGCCUCCAAACUUAAAAAGCUGAAAGCUUCUCUUGACUGUGGUGUGCUGGACGUGCAGGAAUAUUCUGUUGAUCCUCAUGCUGUAGCAGGAGCUCUUAAGUCGUAUCUUCGUGAGCUACCAGAACCCUUGAUGACGUUUGAAUUGUAUGAUGAAUGGAUACAGGCAUCAAACAUUCAAGAUCAAGAGAAGCGGCUUCAAGCUUUAUGGAAUGCGUGUGAGAAGCUACCCAAGGAAAAUUAUAACAACUUCAGAUACUUAAUCAAAUUUCUAGCCAAGCUAUCAGAAUAUCAAGAUGCCAACAAAAUGACACCUGGUAACAUGGCAAUUGUCCUUGGACCCAACCUGCUCUGGACAGCUAAUGAAGGGUCUAUGACUGAAAUGAUGACAACAGUCUCAAUACAGAUAGUUGGAAUCAUUGAACCCAUCAUUCAACAUGCUGAUUGGUUCUUCCCAGGAGAUAUUGAAUUUAAUGUCACUGGAAGCUAUGGCAGCCCAGUCCACACCAACCAUAAUGCAAACUACAACUCCAUGCCAUCUCCAGACAUUGAUCAUUCUGACCGCAAGCAGCACGACCAGGGCAGGCGACCACUCAGCGUUGCAACUGACAACAUGAUGCUGGAGUUUUACAAAAAGGAUGGCCCAAAUUACAUGAGAUCACGUUCUGCAUCUUGUCCAACAUGGCUGCUGCGCCUUAGGAAAAUCCAAAGCAUGGGUGUGAGGGUGAUGGACACAUCCUGGGUGGCCCGCAGAGGCUCCUCCGGAGUCCGAAAAACAUCCUCCACCCCACCCGGCACGCAGCCCCCUCCUCCGCCCGCCGAACCUGCCGCUUCGGGUCAGUCGCCAAUCCCUGAGCAGUCUGUAGAAAAUUCCUCUUCUCCCUCCCCCACUCCUCCUCCUAGCGGCCCACUACCCGGGGCUGAACGUGCAAGCGCAGACGAGUUGUCUUCCAAUUGGUUGGAUUCCGGUUACUCUUACCCUUCCCCAGAGAAUAAAAGACCUUCCCCUUCUUCUUGUUACCAGCAUGCCCACCAUUUCUACCAUCAGGCUCAGCCAUCUGCUCGGCCCGAGGGUCUCCCUCAAGCUUCCUCCCCUCAAAAGUGGUCAGGGUACAGCCCAACCUUUCUCACUCAGCCCUCCUCCCCACAGCAGCUUGACAUCAACUCGAACCCCAAGCCGUGCUCCCUGCACCUUUCUAAGCAAAGCCCCCUCACUGACUCGCAUGUAUCUGAAACUAAUAUCUCACCUGUCUACAUCAAAACCCCUCUACUCCUAACCAAGCACGACCCUUGUGGUACCCCCUUUAACCCUCCUGUGUCAGCCUCUCCCCCAUGGGUCGGCUGUGCCUGUGCCAGAGACAAAGGAACCAGGCUGACUAGUGCUAUGAAAGGCAAAGAACUUUCACCUGUGAUUGGACAGAAAGGGAGACCUGUUUCCGACCAUGUGACUUCUUCCAGCAGCCUCCAGCAAAGCAUUGCCACAAGUCAACUGCCAAGUGAGCAAAGCCCCCAUACCCUGAGGAAAGCUGCAAAGAAGGUGGCCCCCAUAGCUCCUAAAGUCCCCUUUGACCAGGCAACAGGCCAACCUUCCCCUGCAAGCUUAUCUCCCACUCCCCCAAGCACUCCAUCACCAUAUGCUGCAAAUUAUCCUCAAGCUUAUACCUUACCAUCAAGUCAGACACCCCCAGCUGCUCCAUCCCUGUCUUCUCCUCCAUCCCAAACAAGCACUUUAACUAAAUCUCGACCCACACUCAAGCCUAGACAAAGACCCACUCUUCCACCUCCACAGCCUCCUACAACAGGGUCUAGUCCACAGGCUUUGGACCAUACAAUUUUAGACAACCUGUCAGCUGGAGAAAGCAUGUCUACAGAUAUUGACAAUCCAGAUCCUUCUUUUAUACAGUCAGUAGAGCUUCAUGAUGCACUCUACACAGAAUCUUCAGACCAAAUUUGCACAAACUCUGUGGCAGACUGUAGAAUAAGAGCAGAUUCUGACGAGGAGUCAGAAAGUACUGUCCUAUGACGUAAGAACACUCCAUUUGUGUGACUCAAGCUGUACAUAUAUUACAUCAACAGGAUGGUAGAUCAAUGGGCAUCUCUUCACAUGUAACUGCAAGAAAAGCUGCUUCCAUUAACAAUGGGAAUGGAAUUCUUUAAGAUAAAAAUUUUGCUUUGAUUUGAUUAUGGUCAGUCAGCCUUUAAAAACGCUGUCCUGUUGUCUGAGAUCAAUUUUUUUUUUACUUUUUAUUUAGCCUUACUGAGAUAACUUUUUCAAUAAAGAACUUGGCCUUUGAACCUGCCAUUUAAGUUGAUUUAUAUAUUUUCAUAGCAUGAUAUGUGAUAACUCAGUAGCAUCAUACAAAAGAAUGCUAUCACACCCACAUAGAAAUAAGCAUUAAUGUAUCCUACAUCUGAAGUAAUUGUCUUUUAUGAGAUGGUAGUUUGAGUUUCUAUACAUGGCAAAACUUAUGAUUCUUUGGAGAAAAUGGUUUACCACAAAUAGGAGGUCAGAAUCUUGCAUUUAGAAAUCUUCCAUCUACUGAAGAAGCCCCUUUCUGUUGUACACUGGAAUGAGCCCAUCCUUAGGGCAGACAGAAAGGUGGGCCUAAAAGCAUAGAUUAAUAUACAGUACAAAAAUUAUCAAAAUAAAUCUUCAUUGUCUGAUAGAUGAAGAAGGUACACUCAGGAUUAAGUCAACAAGCACUGUUGAGUGAGGGAGUUAACUGUUGCAAUGCGUACCCAUGCAAACAGCCAGUUAAAGAUUUUGACCCCCUAGAGUUUUACAGAAUCACAAACAAAAUCCAUUUCCAAAAGUAGCCAUUCGCACAGAACAAAAAUGAGACUUUAUUUCUGAUCGUUGUGAUUUAAAUCAUCAUUGCAAGUAUAAUUCUAUGUCCCAUUGUAUACACCCUGGUAUUUGUCUGUUUAUAAAGUUCAAAGGAGAAAUGUGCUAAAUGCUGUGGUAUAGUUUAAAUUUGUAUAACACAUGGCAAUUGCCAAUCAUUCUGAAAGUAACUUCAGCCUGAAAAAAAAGGAAGAAAGCUGUCAGUAUUGUACUUUUUAAAUUAAAAAAAAAAGUCUGUACGUGGAUGGUGACUAUUACAAUGGACUGUUGUGGCAGUAAAAGUUUACCUGUUAUCAUGCCAGAAUACCUUGUAUGAAUAGAAUUUAAUUAAUGUCUAUGUAAAUGUUGUAUUAAAAAUAUACUGUGUAUUUAAGGGAGAGGGGCUAGACUGGUGACUGAUUGUGUCUAUUACCUUUGUAAUGUACAGGACCUAAAACAUUGCUCCGUGCAGUGACUUAUCAUAGAGUGUAGAGCUAUGAGAGAACAUAAUAUAUCUGUUAUAUAAACACUUAUUUCAUGCAUUAUGUUUCACUUGAAAAUAUAUAUAAUUAUAGUGCUUUAAAAUAAACACAUUUAAAUAGAGGGUUUAGUGGCAAUGUCUGAGAAAUAAAGUUGUGCUGAUUCCCUCAUCUGUGAACCUGGAGACAAACUGAACUGAAAAUAAAAAAAAAACUGAAAUAUUACAAAAUGUAGAGCAGACUUGAUGUGUCCUCGAAAGAUGUUACAAUAUCAUAUCACAACAAUAAAAUAAAAUAUACACAUUUUAAAAUGUGAAACAUUCCAGUCAUUAUGGACAUACGUGGUUUUGUGGUAUGGAUGAAAAUGGAUGCAGGCUUCCCUAAAUGUAAUUUAAAAAGUAUUGGUUAUGACUCCAGUUGCUCCUGGGAGUGUUUUGCAGAGAUUAAUCAUUGCGAACCCCUUUGUAGGUCUGAAAAUUGAUGAUGGUUCAGUCUAGCACACUCCUUCCGUCACUAGGUGAAAGCAGAGAUAGAUUUCAUAUUGCUGUGUGAGCUAUAGCUAUGAUAGUGCCACAUGUAAUCCCUGCCUUUGUAGAUAUUGCAAAUCUGUUAAAGUCAAUAAGAUAAAGAAGAAUGCCUUGCAAGAAGUCAACGUGGUAGUAAUCUUUCAGGUUAAUGGUUGUCUGACAGUCUCCACACCAUACUCUUACGUUGUUUGAUGACUAAUACUUUCUUCUUAAUGAAAUGUUGAUUUCUGAAAUAGGUGGCUUCAGUCUUUGUCAUUUGCAAAAGAAAUAAUAAAAUCAAACU